AUGAGCAAAGUAACUAAGUUUAUGAAAGAAGAUCUCAAAACCAUUAUCGAUGGGACUCUUCUAAUUGCCAAAUGCAUUCCUGCAACACAAACUGCAGCUUUACUAGUUGAACAAAUACGAGAGGCGAUUAAAAAAGCGAAACAUGGCCAAGCAAUUUGCAUGUUUAUUGCCAAAAAUGUUGAAGAUACUCAAAAAAUUCUUGAACAAUGCGAAAAUAUUCAAGUGAACGAUGUUGUCCUCAAGCAAUAUUUAGAAGUAUUAAAUAAAAUUAAAGAAUACAUACAUAGUAUACAACAUAAAAAUUCAUUUAACAUAUGGAAAAAGAUAAAACAUAUUUCAACUGCCGCUGAGUAUGAAAACAAAUGCUUGCUUCUAAUUGAAGAACUUAAUUCUAUUGGUGACAAGUUCAGGCUUACACUUCAGUUGGAUACAAAAAAAGAUACGACUGAGAUUAAAGAGAAUCUAGCUCAAUUUAGAAAGGAUCUUCACCUCAUAGCAAUGUAUCAUGGUUUAGCAUCCCCGAAUUCAAUCAACAUCAGGCCUUCCGACAUUCGUGAUGUGCCAACACCAUUAAAAGUCAAGAAAGGUAAUGUCGAAAAGAAAGCAUUCAUAACGUACACGCAAUUAGUUGCUCAGAAAUGUCUUGGAUCACUUUCCUGUUAUCGCGAAAACGAGCAAAAGGAGAAAGAAAGGAUGAUUAAUAUGUUACAGCUACUUUCCGACUGUGAAAAUGUCGUAAAGUUCUACGGCAUUCUGGAAGCACAAAGUCAACUAUAUAUGAUUAUAAGCUGGUGUGAGCAUGGUAAUCUCGAAGAAUACAUGAAGAAAAAUCCUGAUCUUGAUUGGUCUAUAAAAUUAAAGAUUGCUAUAGGUAUCGCUAAUGGAUUAGUGUUUUGUCAUCAUCGUGAUAUUCUCCAUCACGAUGUGAGGAGUCAUAAUAUUUUACUUGAUGCAAAUAUAUGUGCAAAGCUUUCUGGAUUUCAUUUAAGUAGAAAGGAUGGUCAUGAAACUACUACUAUAGAUCAAAUUGAGACUAGAUGGAUAGCACCUGAAAAACUUUUAGACAAAAACGUCCCAUAUACCAAGGAAUGUGAUAUAUAUAGUUUCGCUAUUGUUCUAUGGGAAAUUUCUAUGCAAAGAAUGCCAUAUGAUGAACUAGAUGAUUUGAAAGACCCUGAGGCACUUGUAGAAUAUGCUAAUAGCGGAAACAGACCACAAAUAAUUGAUGAAAGUGUCAUUCCACGUAGUUAUGCGAAAAUCAUGAAAGAGGCAUGGAAAACUGAACCAUAUAAGCGUCCUUCAGCUGAAAUUAUGCACAGAAAACUUGCGACAUGCCUUGAAGAUGAUUAUUUAGACCUUUCGUUAAAUUCAGAACUCCAAAGCUCAUUCCUAGUAGUUCCACCUGUGCCCCUGCAAUAUGAAAAUUCUCCACCACCUGAAACUCAAUUAGAACACUAUAAUUAUAAAGAUGCAAUAAAUUACCAUAAAAAAAAACAAUAUCAGAAUGCUUUACCCAUUUUCCAGCGAUUGGCAUCUGAAGAGUAUAUGAGGAGAGCUGCUAAACAUCGCUAUACCAAAGCGGCAAUUAAAUUUGUAGAAUUACAGGUCUCUGAAAUCAGUUGGCUCGUUGCUAGGAAACCUAAUAAAUCAGAACUUUUGGAAUACUUAAGAAAUGAAGAGUCUUUAAUAGAGAAUUGUGAAAUAGGAACAAAAAAUGAACUUGAAAAAAAAAUUAGUAAGUUGCGAAAAAUUAUCCAAUCUUCAACUGGGCAGCAGAAUUUAGAUUAA